AACCAUGGAGCACAGUAGGAAGUGCAAUGCCUUACAUGGAACCAAUACUUCCAAUUCGUAUAGGUGAUUAUACCCGUACACAUAACUUACUACCAUGGAGACCAAAUGCUGGAUUUGAGAAUACAGAAGUUAUUCCCUUGGCUACAAAGUCGAUAUCAAGUUACGCACUCGAUAUAAGAAAUAAAAUGAGUACACAGCCGUUAAAAUUCCCGAAUUUAAUAACGGGCUAUCAACGUAAUCCCGUUCAUGCGUCCCAAGCUGCCCUUUAUACAAGAUAUACACCACAUGAAUGGUUCCAGAAACAAAUAAAAUAUUAUAAUGAAUCAAGUUCACAGAGACAUUACUCUGAGAGGACGCGGAAUGAUGCUCUAAGAAUUAUCAGAGAUGCUGAAGAAAAGAUACAACAUGGUCAGUAUGAUACCAGCCGAAGACUUGGUGAAAGAAUAAAUGACAUUACUUUUUGGCGCAAUGAAGUGGUAUCAGAACUAGAGAGAAUGCUUCAUGAAAUUGAGAGACUUCAAGAUUGUCGAAGUACUUUAGAAAAGGCAAUACGAGAUAUUGAAGGACCUUUACACAUUGCAGAGGAGUGUCUUUAUCACAGAGAAGCUAGAAAAGGCACAGAAUUGAUACAUGAUGAGUCGGAAAAAUGUUUACUACAAGAAGUGGAGCAUUUACGUAUAAAUCAAAAGAAACUAGAAGCUUGUUUGGAUAAAGUCAAAGAUCAGUUACGAAACUGCAGAGCCUCACAGAAUCAGUUAGAACUGGAUUUAAAAAAUAAGGAGAGUGCUUUAGGUAUAGAUACUAUUUGUCAUCAGUUGAAUAAUCAUACUCAGGGAUUACAAUAUUAUUCCGGAAUUGAAAAAUAUGAUCCAUGCGUUUCAGAACAAGAAACCUGGGCAGAUGCAGUAAAUAGAAUAGUGCAACGAUCCCAAACAGAACGAAAUAAAUCAUGUCAAUUACGUACCACUGCCGAAAGUCUUAUCAAUAAAGUUGCUCAAGAAAUGUGGCAUACUUGGAGUAAUACCAAUAAUGCUUUAGCACGCAGAUCUUCCGAAUUACUGGAAGCUAAGAAUAAGCUGCAACAACAUUUGCAAAAGCUGCAACAAGAAAUAUUCGAUGUCGAAAAAAAUUUAGAAUUAAUGCGCAAAGCUAUCGCUGACAAGAGUCACGCGAUUAAAGUUGCCCAUACAAGAAUGGAAGCGAGAAUGCAUCGUCCUGAUAUAGAAUUAUGUCGCGAUUACGCCUAUAUGAGUCUUCAGAAAGAGAUUGAUGAAAUAAAUCAUCAAAUCGAGAGAAUGCAUAAGGCAUUGAAAGAACUCGAGAAUCAACAUCAGAAAUUGCUAAGAACUCGAACUAAAUUGGAACACGAUCUCGCGCUUAAAAUCGAUGCAAUAUAUAUUGAUAAAGAGAAAGUCUGCGGCCUUAGACGCGCGUAUCCUGUUAAUGCAUUGUUUAGAUUUUAAUGGCUUUU